UUCGUGCUGGUGGCAGCGAGAAGAGGAGGACGAGCGUCUUCUGGGACGGCGGCCAAUAAGCGGCGAGAGUGGAGUGAAGUGGGCGGUGCCAAGUGACACCCUCUCUCCCCGCUAUCUCGUCCCCCUUCGUCCAGGAAAAGCUGCGGGACCAAGAGGCCACACAGCAGCUCCCUCUUGGUUGGGCGAAGUCUCUCCGACAUUUGGUCCCUCCUCAGAUCAGCCAUGAUCCACAGCCUCUUCCUGAUCAACUCGUCUGGGGACAUCUUUCUGGAGAAGCACUGGAAGAGUGUGGUCAGCCGCUCGGUCUGUGACUACUUCUUUGAGGCACAGGAGCGUGCGUCGGAGGCAGAAAACGUGCCCCCCGUGAUCCCCACCCCUCACCACUAUCUCUUGAGCGUCUAUCGGCACAAGAUCUUCUUUGUGGCCGUGAUCCAGACAGAGGUGCCCCCACUGUUUGUCAUUGAAUUCCUCCAUCGGGUUGUGGACACCUUUCAGGAUUAUUUUGGAGUCUGCUCUGAGAUAGUCAUAAAGGACAAUGUUGUGGUCGUCUAUGAGGUGCUGGAAGAGAUGCUGGACAACGGAUUCCCAUUGGCGACCGAGUCCAACAUUCUGAAGGAGCUCAUCAAGCCUCCCACCAUGCUCCGGACAGUUGUCAACACCAUUACAGGAAGCACCAAUGUAGGAGAACAGCUGCCGACUGGGCAGCUCUCUGUCGUCCCCUGGCGAAGGACUGGCGUGAAGUAUACCAACAACGAAGCCUAUUUUGAUGUGAUUGAAGAGAUAGAUGCCAUCAUCGACAAAUCAGGUUCCACAAUUACAGCUGAAAUCCAAGGGGUGAUUGAUGCCUGUGUGAAACUGACUGGGAUGCCAGACCUGACUCUCUCUUUCAUGAAUCCCAGACUGCUGGACGAUGUCAGCUUCCACCCCUGUGUGCGUUUCAAGCGCUGGGAAUCGGAACGGAUCCUCUCCUUCAUCCCUCCAGACGGGAAUUUCCGCCUGCUCUCCUAUCACGUCAGUGCUCAGAACUUGGUGGCCAUCCCUGUCUACAUGAAGCAUAACAUCAGCUUCCGAGACAGCAGCUCUUUGGGCCGCUUUGAGAUCACAGUGGGGCCCAAGCAGACCAUGGGGAAGACCGUGGAAGGGGUGACGGUGACCAGCCAGAUGCCCAAGGGUGUCCUCAACAUGACCCUCACGCCGUCUCAGGGGACGCACACGUUUGACCCUGUUACUAAGUUGCUCUCUUGGGAUGUGGGGAAGAUUAACCCCCAGAAGCUGCCGAGUUUGAAGGGGACCAUGAGCCUCCAGGCAGGAGCCUCCAAGCCCGACGAGAACCCCACCAUCAACCUGCAUUUCAAAAUCCAGCAACUGGCCAUUUCUGGGUUGAAAGUGAAUCGCUUGGACAUGUACGGGGAGAAGUACAAACCUUUCAAAGGGAUCAAGUACAUGACCAAGGCUGGCAAGUUCCAGGUCCGGACCUAAGAGAACCCUCGACCCAAGAGAAGCCUUGGGGUGCCCUCACUCCCUUCUUCCUCUCUGCUCCUUGCUCUGACCUGCCUGGAUUAGGUUGGGGCAAAUAUCUUUUUCUCCCCCCCCACCCCCAUCCCACUCUGCAACCUGGGUGAACCUUGCGCCUCCGAAUUCGGUGACAGUUUGGAGCUCUCUGGUGGGAGCACAAACAGAAGAAGCAGCCAUUUCCCUACAGGACCACCCACAGUUAAUUUUCAGCCCAGGCAGAAUGGUGGCUGCGUUUUGCUAACUGCUUUGCAGGUGAAGUCCCUCAGGCCAAAAGUGGGAGUAGGAGAAGGAGAUGUCAGGAGAUGAAGCAUGAAGUAGCAAGGCUGAGACUGGCUUGUUGGCUCCAGAGACUGACUAGAGAGCUUUCUACCUUGCUUUGAAUCCUGCCCAGAGCUGACUGAAGGGCACGUAUCCUUGUAUCCAUAUUAAUUCCACUCUGUCCCAUUUAAAUUUCAGGGAGAACCUGGAAAGAGAUGAUCGCUUUCCCCCCCUCUUUCCGGCAGAAAGUUAGAAGUGGCAUCUUAGCCCAUAAUGAGCAUGCUCAUCUCACGGUUGCCUCUGGUUAAACAGGUCCUGCAGGGUUUUAGUGUCUUGUGUCUGAGAACCUGCAGAACCUGUUUAAGCAGGAGUGAUGGUGGGUCAAAAGGCAUGAGCACGUACCCCAACAACCAGCAAUUUUCCCUGGCAUAUCAAAACUCUUGUUUGCCUUUGGGGGCAGGGGAGGGCAGGGUGGGUGGGCUGUGUACAAUGUGUGUUUAAUGUUUGUAAGAAGUGAUGUCCAGCUAAGGGAGCAGAGAAGCAGGAGGGGUCGUUUUUCAAGAUGUCCGCCUUCUGCUGCUGUGCUACAGCACACCACCUGCACAUUGGUGUGUGGUGUGUUAUCUCCUUCCUCUCUCCUGUGCAGUGCUUCUAUACAAUUACAUUGUAGGGUGUGUGUGUGUGUGUGUGUGUGUGUGUGUGUGUGUGUGUGUGUGUGUGUGUGUGUGUGUGAGAAUUCAAAGGGAUCACACACGAUUUCCACGCUUGUGUGUGUGGUUUGGGUUUGUUUGUUUGUUUAAUGGCAAAGCCAUGUUGCAUUGAGGGGGAACAUGGUUGCCCUCUUCAGGCAGCAGAAGGGCUGCUGUUUGGAAGAGAAGGCAAAGAAUUGUUCUCUGCUGCCCCACAAGGCUGAGCUAGAUCAAAGAGACUUAAGUUACAGGAGGGUAGCUUUUUGGUUGAACAUUAGGAGAGAUUUCUUAAGAGCAGUUUGCUAGAGGAUGGCUGUUGCCUGGGGCAUGGGGGGUUCUCCCUCACUGGAGGCUGGAUAACCAUCUAGCUCUAGGUCAGUGUGCCUUCUGACAGGGAUUUCCAGCUGCUGUUGACUACAGCUCCCAGAAUCCCCAGCUCUUUUGCUUGGGGAUUCUGGGACUUGUAGGAUCUGGGCAUCCCUAUUCGAGGGGACGCUGCUCCAGGUUGCCUGCACUGGGUGUGGUUGGACUAGAUGGCCAACAAGACCCUUUCCAAGGCUGUGAUUCUCCGGCACGGUUACCUAUCUUGGGAAUGCGCCGUCAAAGCGGUUGAGUUCUGAAAGUGGAGUAGAACUCCACAGGCGGCGUUCGAGAAUCCACAAGACCAGUUGUGGUGCCAGAACGAUCUAGGCACAGACCCUCCACUCCUGAGCUCCCUGCUUGAAAGAGUGGGGCUAGGAAGCAGAUCUCUCUUGCAGGACGGUGGUGGGUGAGCCAGCAGGGCAGACCCCAUUCCCACAAGCAAGCCCUGUUGAACUUGGUGGGACCUACUUAUGAGUAAACAGGAUUGGGCCAUAAGGGUGAAGCCGAGAACACAUUCACAGCCUUCACAGCCGGUUGUUCACCUGAAGCAGUAGUGGCUUGUUCCAGCAAGCCCAGGGGGCACCAAAGGAGGUGUCUCUUCUCCCGCCCAGGCCAAGGGCUGUGCUGCCUGCAGGCUGGCCACCACACCAAGCUGCUGGGAAGCAGAGGCAGCUGUGCCUCCUUCGAUGCCCACCUGGCUCAUUGGGAUGAGCUGCUGCUGACUCCUAUGAUUUGCAGACAUACAUGUCUUGCAAGUCAAACGCUGGAUAAAUUGUUAGUUUUCCCCUUGUGCUCAACGAUGGUGUGUGUACCUGGGGUGGGGGAGCGGGAUUAAGUGACACACACUAAUGCCUAUGUUUACAUGCUCAUCCAGUAUUUUACAAAUCAAAAUUGACACUAUAUUAAAAGUUGUUCUGCGGGGUGGGGAGAGAUACAUGGGUGGCGCAGGUACUAGCCAAUAGGCCCUUAACCAUAUCUAACUUUCCUGGGUACACUGGAAAUUUGCAGAAUCCCUUUCUCAAAGCUUUUACCAGGACUGAAGAACUUAGGUGCACUUUGCAGGGCAGCGAAAGGGCAUUCCGACCAUCUCUGCUGCACUUGAUAAUGGCAUCUCUUCAUUCUCACCAGCCUGAAAGGCCAAGGUUGCUUCGUGGCCUUUACUUUCCGGUGGGGUAAAGAAUGCCCUUGGCUGGGGAUCAAGCAAGUUGCAAUAAUGAUACUCAGCUGUGCAACUGCAGAAAGUGUGGGUGUAGCAUGGCCCAGCUGAAUCACUUCCGUCCUCCCAAUUCUCAGUGGCCAAUAGCCAGGAAUGGUGGGAGUUUAAGUUCAGCAGUUGCAGGAGACCCAAAAUGGUGCAGUCCUGGACUAGACAGGGAUGUGUAACAAGAUUGUGUGUAACAAGAUCAAUAAAGAUCACUUUUAUCCUGG